AGGAUCGGUCACCUUCUUUGCAACACCCAUCGGCAUAUUCCUGCUUUGAGAGGAGGGGGGAAAAGAGGGAGAAGAUGUGGAUAUUUUACAGUUCGGACGAUUCAAAGUGUAUCUUUUCUAUUUGGAACCAGUGGUGUUUGUAUUACGCAGCGGUGAUGUGUUUGUUGUUUUCACCCGUCAGGAUGGACGACGCGUGCCCGUCGUCCUGCAUCUGUACCAGGGACUCGGGGACGGUGACCUGCCGUGACGGGGACUAUACCGAGGUACCCAGAGACAUACCUGAGUGGACGUCCACCUUGACACUUACGGGGAGUAACAUCUCAACUUUACAGCGUGAUGCGUUCAUGACCAACGGCACGGAGUUGGAAAUGACGACACUCUCUCUGUCCUAUAACGGGAUACAGGCUAUUGAACCUUACGCCUUCCUGGGGCUUUCACAGUUACAUUUGUUGGACCUUAGCCACAAUCAGUUGGAGUUUAUCUCAUCCAGGGCUUUCCAUGGAUUACCCGAGCUGCGCUCUCUUUACCUGAAUUAUUGCGUUUCGCCUGCGGCCACAACGCAGCUCUCAGAUGCGCUCAACACACAAAGUUUGCGCAACCUGCACAGACUGGAGUUGGCGGGAAACAAGCUGAUGUCUAUCCCCCUCGAGAGAUUAGAUGUCUUUAACCUCCACGCUUUGGUAUUGAUUAAUAACUCAAUAGAGAUCAUCGGGGAGGAAAACGUAACCACUUUGUACCAGCAAAGGCGCAUACGCGUCUACUUGUCUUUAAAUCCGUUUCGGUGCAACUGUGAACUGGAGGCGUUUUACUACUGGCUGAAGAACUCAUCCCAGUGCCCGGAUGCAGGGCGUCUUCUGUGCAGCGAGCCAGAAGCCAAGAGGGGGAUUCCUGUGGAAAAGCUCCGGGGAGAGGAGGUUGAUUGUAUGAACGAGAAUUUGGAGGCGGUGUCAUAUGUUUUCCUAGGUAUAGUGUUGGCUCUGAUCGGGGUGGUGUUCCUGAUGGUGCUCUAUCUCAACCGGGGAGGCAUCAAACGGUGGCUCAACAACAUCAGAGAGGCCUGCCGAGACCAGAUGGAGGUAUAUCAUUACCGUUAUGAGCAGGACUCAGAUCCCAGACUGGCCAACGUGGCUGUUUAACCAGUCGAAACAUCAAUCCAGUGCUGCAUAGUGCGAGGACAGACGAUAUUACCAGGAGAACUUAUUUAUCAAAGACUGUGGCCUUGACCUGUCACAACUACAACUGAUGGUUUUUUAAAACUAGUUUCAUCACGUUCAGCCCAUGAAUUCACUCUGGGAUAUGCACAGAGCCAAAGGCAGUUCAAUAUAAGUAACUGUUCAUCCAGCACAACUGAAUACUUCAAUCUUCUCAGCAGUGUUGUACAUAUUGUAUAUAAGUAUCUCCUCAUAGCAGAAAUGCUUUCCAUCCAUCAUGUUAUCAUACACAGCCCCACUUGUUUAGUAUUUACCCUCAGUUACCAAGUGAAAAGCGCACAGUAAAGGUCCAUCAAAUUUCCAAUUUGAAAAGCUGAGUCAGCAUUAUUACCCAAAGCUGCGGCCCCUGCUUAAUAUUUUACAUUCAGGAAAACCUGCGCAGAGAACAAGACUGCUUUUAAUCUACCAGGGAGUGCAUAUUGUCAGAAAACUGUCAGAGAAGGAAAGUCAUUUGGCAUUUUUUUAAUGGAGUGCCAUGUUUGUGGAAUAUGUUACCCACCAUGUUUUCACAAAGACCCUUUUAUGUCAGAGAAGAACGUGUGUUAUUUGACACCAGAUCAGCUUAUCAGUAAAGCUGUGGAAAAAGCGAAAGAGAGACCAAUUUUAACCGUGCAUGUGAUUCCUAUAGGCAUAGAAAACCAACCAAAACAUUAAUAAAAAGCCAAACAAAAAAAGAAAAAUCGUGAGUUUGCAGUGUGUCUGUACAUUUUAUCAUCACUGUCAGGGAAUGUAGACUUCAUGCA